AUGUCCCUAGUUUUAUUGGAUUUAUACUACACCAUGACCAACUUACAGGCCAUGGACCCCUCCGCCUGUGAGCUCCUGUACGUGAAUUCAAUUCUAUCACUAUUAUCAAUGAUUGAAGAUCCCAUGUUUAGUGGCAAGACUCUGAGCGUCUGGUACGAGGAGGAUCACUCACGCCUUCGCAAUGUCGGCAGCGGCAAUAGCGGGGACGAUGGCAUAGAGAGCUUUGAAUGGAAGCAGGAAACUCGAGGAUGA